UUUUAGAGGCUUACUCCAUUUAACAUUCCCGCCAACCGUCGCCGGAAAAUUCAGUCAUGAGCUUCCGCCGCUGUCUAGCCACCGCCGCCCACCACCGCAGACACCUCGCCGCCGAACCAACCUUUUCGAUCCCCAUCCCGCCACUUGUAAAGCGGAACCCUCCACAUCCACUUACUCCGCCGCCCGCUCUAAAACCUAGCGCCGACGACCCAACCUCCGCCCGCAUUUCCGAACUCCUCCACAAUCCGGCCCUACAGCCCGGCCCCGACCUCGAAAAGGCCCUCUCCGCGGCGGAAAUCAAUCCAACUCCGGCUCUUUUACUCGGAAUCUUCAAAAAAUUUGAUUCCAGUCCGAAACCCCUGUUCACGCUAUUCAAUUGGGCCCGGAAGCGGCCCGAUUACGGAUUCUCCAUCGACGUUUUCAAUGCCAUGGUUGAUUCUCUCGGCAAAGCCCGAGAAUUCGACUCAGCUUGGUGCGUUAUACUUGAUCAGAUUGGAGGAGAUCCCAGCGAAAGACCUAAUUUCGAUACUUAUGUUAUCAUGAUUAGGAGAUACGCACGCGCAGGACAUCCAUUUGCAGCCAUUCGAACAUAUGAAUACGUAUGCAGUUUGGAUUCGUUUCACGAUUCAAAUGCAGGAAAGAAUCUGUUAGAGACUCUGUUGGAUUCUUUGUGCAAAGAAAGGCAUGUUAGGAUAGCCUCAAACUAUUUGGACACGUGCAUAAAGAAAGAUCCGAGCUGGUCGCCUUCUGUUAGGACCUACAAUGUUUUGCUACACGGGUGGCUCCGUAUAGGGAAGCUCAAACGAGCUGAGCGGAUCCGUGAGCAGAUGAGGAAGGUGGGUGUUGAGGCGAAUGUGGUCACAUAUGGGACCCUUGUUGAAGGGCUUUGUCAGAUGCGCCAACCUGACAUGGCACUGGAGUUAGUUGAUGAGAUGAGGGCGGAGGGAGUCGAGCCCAAUGCAAUCGUGUAUAACCCCAUAAUUGAUGCAUUGGGAGAAGCUGGCAGGUUGAAGGAGGCGUUGGGGAUGCUGGAGAGGCUCUCGGUUUUGGAAACGGGGCCCACUCUAUCCACGUAUAACUCAUUGGUGAAGGGCUUCUGCAAGGCCGGGGAUCUCGUAGGGGCUGGAAAAGUCGUUAAGAUGAUGAUGAAUGAUAAGUGUUUCCCCACCAUCACGACGUAUGGUUAUUUCUUCAAGUUCUUGUCGAAGGUAGGGAAGACCGAAGCGGCCUUGGACCUCUAUAAUCAGAUAAGCAAAUCGGGGUAUGAUCUGGAUCGGUUUACGUAUCAUCUGCUGGUGAAGAUGCUGUGCAGGGACGAGAGGCUGGACCUUGCGACGCAGGUUGCAAAGGAGAUGAGAGCUAGGGGAGUCGAUCUGGACCUGGCUGCUAGCACCAUGCUCAUCCAUUUGCUGUGGAAGUUGCAGAGAUACGACGAGGCUGUGUUUGAGUUCGUGGACAUGUUCCGUAGGGGCAUUGUGCCUCAGCAUCUCACGUAUCAGAGAAUGACCGAUGAUUUGGAGAGGCGGGGGAUGACUAAAACGGCGCAUAAGCUUCAUGAUCUGAUGGCGUCUGUUCCUCGCUCGACAAAACUGCCUAACACGUACAAGGGGUCACAGGAGCGGAGAGUGUCCAUCAUGAAGAGAGCUGAGUCGAUGUCUCAGAUCUUGAAGACGUGUAAGAGCCCGAGCGAGCUUGCCAAGAACAGAUAUAAGCCGGAGAGCGCUGUGGUGAGCGCGCAGAGGUUGAUCGACCAUAUUCAGAGGAAAGCCAGCUUGAGGUGAAUCAGAAACUGGAAAUGCUCUUCUCCUUAACAUGAAAAGAGAAGAACUUUUGCUGCUUCAUCAACAUUUUUCUAUGGCAUUCCAAAAUGUGGAUGUUAAAGCAGAAGUCAAGAAAAUUCCAAUAGAGUGAACAAUGAUUGAAUGCAAUUUGUGAAGAAAAAUCUGAGGCAAAAAAUGCAGGAAUAUUCUACUUUUCAUCAUAUGAAUAUUUGACUUGUGUGAAAUACUUUAAAACAAUUAUUUUUCAAAGAAUUAAAAUGGUCACUCAUGAAAUUUAUAAUAGCAAAUAGUUUCUCGUGUUGAAUGUCACUAAAAUAAAAUGAACAAUUAUUACAUAAAAAUAUAAAAUUUAUAAUAAUGACUAGGAUAAAUAAAAAGAUUUUCACUAUUCUAUCAUAAAAUACAAAUGCUUUUUAUACGAUAAUCCUUUUACCAUUAAUUUUAGGAAAAAAAAAUACUCUCUUCAUCCACAAAAAUAGAUUCUAAGAGAGAGCAACACAAAUUUUAAGAAAAAAUAAUUAUUUAGUUAUUGAGUGGAGAAAAAGUCUCACAAAUUAAAAGAAAGUAAAGAGUGUUAAUGAGAGAAAGCUCUCACAAAUUAAAAAGUGAUAGGUUCAUAAAUAAAUAAAUAAAUAAAAAUAAGACGUAUUUCCAUGAACGAAUGAAAAUAAUAAAUUAUGAUCUAUUACUCAAAACCAUAACAGUAAACAGUUACACAAUAGUAAUUAAUACUUCCUCCGUCCGCCAAGAUUAUUUAAAAAUUACUAUAUCGGGCGUCCACCAAAUUAGUCACGUUCUUUACGGCCACUUGACUACCAUUCGCUGUAAUCACUAUUGUAUAGAAUCUUAUUUAUAAAACGCACACAAAUGCAACUCAAGCACCCAUCCCUAAAAUGGUGGGACCCUUUCUCCACUACAUCAAAAUCAUCACAAAUUUUAUUAAAUCUUGUGCCCAAAUAAUUUUACAAAAAUAUAUUAAACCUAAACUAUAUAAGAGAGAGAGAGCAGUUCAUAAAAAUAAAAAGUUUACUAGGAGAGAGAGAACUGAAAAGAUACUAUUAAUAAAAGAAGAAAGCACAUCUGUAUCUGUGAAUGCCAGAAAAAUACUUUUCCUUUUUAGUGCUCUCCCUCUCUCACCUUCAAAAAAAAAAAAAAACAGAAAA